AUGGACCCCAAAGAACUCGAAACGUAUCAAGUACAGUUAUCACAAGUCGAGUUGGCCCUCGUUUCUGAGCCUGACAGCCAAGAUCUGAUUUCCCUCCGCACUGAACUCCAAGAACUCAUCUCUCUCACUGAGCAAUCCAUUGCUCUAGCAGAGAAAAAUAAGGCGAAUACAUCCGUUAAAGCGUCUUCUAGCAAAGUAGCCUCCACUGUUUCACCUACCUUCCAGUCCGGAGAUGAUGUCCUUGCGAAAUAUUCAGGCGAUAACCAAUGGUACCCUGCUCGCAUAACGUCCGUUGGCGGCUCGGAGGAAAAACGUGUUUACAGCGUCGCUUUUAAAGGCUAUAAUUCGACAGAGCUGGUCCAAGCAUCCUCUAUCAAGCCUCUACCGCCGAAUUAUGCCCAAACCUCUGCGUUAGGAAAGCGAAAAGCCGAGGAUGAAGCGGAGAGGGAGAGGAGAAAGAAGCGAAAUGAGAAGAAAGCAGAGGCUCGUGCCGUCAAGGCGAAAGAGCAGAGCGAUAAAGCUGCAUCGUGGAUGAAAUUCGCCAAGAAGGCUGAGAAAAAGGGGGCACACAUCGCUGGGUUGUCCGGAACUAGCAUAUUCAAGACUCCAGAUAAUCCGCAUGGCCGUGUGGGGGUCACCGGGAGUGGCAAAGGGAUGACAGAAUAUCAGAAGAUCGGGAAGCAUAAGUAUGCCGACGACUCAAACCCUUAA